AUGGAAACAUCACGUCAACGCCAGGGGAUUUCCAGAAACUCUUUCCAGAUUCACAAUGACGAAAUAAAUCAGGAAGAAUCAAUGGAGGAAGAGGGUGUUGAGAACGAAGAGUCCAGAGCCGAGGAUGAUGAUGGCCUGGAAGAUGAAGAGUACUCGGAAGACUCUGACGAAAGCGAUGAUGCUGUUGAUCCUACUACUGCAGAGGACAUUGCCAAUUUCGAAGCAACUUUCAAGGGCAUAAAGGACCGUUUUCGGCUGAUAAAUCGCAUUGGAGAAGGGACGUUUUCUACUGUCUAUAAAGCGGAGGAUCUCUUGUAUGAACAUUAUAACAAUAAUUGGGAUAUUGAAGAGAAAGAGCAGUCUGCGUGGACAUCACCACCGAUGAAGAAAAAGGGAACUAGUGGGAUUCAAGAGGCUCUGGACGUCAAUCAACAGCGGCGUGGGCGGAAAUAUGUCGCUAUAAAAAAGAUUUAUGUUACAAGCAGUCCAACCCGGAUCCUCAACGAGCUCGACCUCCUUAACGACCUUCGAGGCUGCGACUCAGUCUGCCCACUCAUCACAGCUUUCCGACAUAACGAUCAAGUCGUUGCUGUAUUACCAUAUUUCAGACAUACAGAUUUCCGAGAAUACUUUAGGAAGAUGAAGGUCUCAGAUAUGCAAGUAUAUUUCCGGUCAUUAUUCACCGCUCUGAAAGCCGUUCAUGCCCAAGGCAUUCUUCAUCGAGACAUAAAACCGACAAACUUUCUCUACGAGCCGGAUAAGAAAAGAGGUGUGCUUGUGGAUUUCGGGUUGGCAGAACGAGAAGAGGAGGAUUUAAAAUCGUGUCUGUGUAUGAGAGACCAUGACGUGCGCAAAAGGAAGCUGGAGAAUAGUGUAGCCAUACAAAACAUGCCCUCGGCUGGCUAUCCAAAACUCGACAGUCGACCAUCGAGGCGUGCAAAUCGUGCGGGAACUCGUGGAUUUCGGGCCCCUGAAGUUCUUUUCAAGUGUCAAGAGCAAAGGACAAAGAUCGAUAUUUGGUCUGCUGGGGUAAUACUCUUGACCAUACUGUCGAGACGGUUCCCAUUCUUCAAUUCGGCUGAUGAUGUUGAGGCAAUGAUUGAAAUUGCCACCAUAUUUGGAGUCAAAAGGAUGAAAAAUUGUGCAUAUCUUCACGGGACGGUUUUCGAAACAAAUAUUCCUACUAUUGGUCAGGCUGGAUUUGCGCUCGAGAAAAUCAUCUUAUGGUCAACAUGUAGGAAUGAUGGAGGGCCAGAUGGGGCGGAACAGCCGUUGACUACGGAAGAGAAGUUGGCUGUUGAGUUUCUAGAGCGGUGCUUAGAACUUAAUCCGCACAAACGAAUCAGUGCGGAAGAUGCCCUGAAUCAUCCAUUCCUUCUGGAGAAGUCGGAAGAUGAUGAAGAUUAUGAUGAGGACGAGUUGAGUAUGGUUCCAGCGCAAUGA